AUGUUUGCAUGUGCGUUCUGCCAUGCUUUGGUGCAAGGACUGAGAGGCCAGCAUGGAGGAGUCUCCUCCCACGGCAUGGAGGUCGUCAAUGCUGCUGAUCUCGAGUUCGAAGGAGUUCGGUUCAAGUCUCCUGAGGCUGGCUUUGGGUGGUGGACUGGACCACGAUCCCAAGACAUGGAGGCUCCGGGUGCGGCUGAGACCUACCAGGAUCCGCAGAGUUCUUGUGUCCGGUGGCUUGGGAGUGGGACACCCAGACAGACGCCAGAUGUCAGACCCACAGCGUUCGAGCCUUUUCUUUUGAAGCGGAGGCCAGCCUUGGGUGUUGGAGUGCCGUCUCACGGCAUGAAGGUCUCCAGGCUCGGUGUAUUGGGCACCUGA